AUGGUCGAUGCAAACAAGAGACUCGAUCUUUUCAUCUACCCUUUCCGGACCGGAGAUCUUCUCCAGCUCAGCCAGCGGAAGCUUUCCGACAGCACAAGAAGGGAUAUCCUGCGCAGCGCGCUGUGCGGCUUGGCUGAUAUGCAUGACCGACAGGUGGUUCACAACGAAUCCUGGGCGCGAUCAAUUCAGAACUGGCAGUCCGAUGUGUACUCUUUUGGGGUUGUGAUGGUCUACGUGCUGCUCAACCGCAUGAUCUUCCGUGGUCUCCUGAAACACAUUGGCGAGCAAAACCCGUUCUAUGAUCGUCUGGUGCAUCUUGCGGGUGAUUUUUCGGAGGAGGACCCCAGGCAGCCUUUCGAGCUCCUCUUUUCGACUGACCGGGAUCUGAGCCAUCUCAUUCGGCAGAUGACCAGCAUGGAUCCCGCGAGGAGGAUUCGCGCUCGAGAGGCUCUGGAACAUCCCUGGUGGACCCACGGUCGAGUCCACAUACACGAUGUCGACGCUAUCGAGGCCGAGAUCGAGCAACGUUCACAAACUAAUAAUUGGCCGAUUUAG